UCCAGACCCGAAAGAAACUUUCUAGCUCGAUCUCGAUCUUAUCCAGACUCACCCACACUUUUACUCUGAGUUCAUAAAAAUCUCAUUUAACCCUCAGCUUGCGGCUCUCUGUAAUUCUCUUGGAUUUUCCCAACUUCAGAUUUUAUCGAAUAUGAAAAAAAAAAGUCCCCAGCUACAGAAACUUGGGGUCUGGUCCAGUUUAAUUGGGGAUAUCUAUCUUAUAACCAGAACAGCACUCUAUAUGGUUUGUAUGUAACAUCGAUGGCCCAUGAAUUGAGCCACUUUUGGUUCGGCAAUUUGGUAACCAAUGACUGGUGGAGCGAUUUAUGGAUCCAAGAGAGUUUCGCCUCUUUUAUUUCUAAAAAGAGCACAUCGAGACGAAAUUUGAUCAAAGAAAUGACUUUAACGGGCGCAAUCCGGUUCGAAGACCAGUCCACAAUGAGGCAAAUGGUUGUGCCUUUGAACAACACUCAAGACACUCAGGAUCGUUUCAAUCAAGUGGUUUAUCGAAAGGGCUCCUAUCUGUUGAGGUCAUUGGAACGCCUGAUCGGUGAAGAAGCUUUCCAAGAAAUCUCCAAGGAAUAUUUGAAGAAGCAUCUAUUUAAGACAGCUACAACGAACGAUGUGAUUGAAGCAUUUGAAGAGAAGCUUCCGAACAUCAACAUUAGGUCUUUUUUGGAAAGCUUCCUAUUCCAAGAGGGGUGUCCAAUUAUAAAUGUAAAUGAUUCUGGUGAUGGGCUGUAUACUUUGGAACAGGUUUCAGGAUCUUCAAAAGAAUAUGACUCCAAGUGGACAGUGCCAGUUUCAUAUCGACUGGGAAAUGGAAGCAGAGGACUUAUAUGGUUUGACCGAGAUUUGGAAAGUGUUGAGAUAGAAAUUCGAAAUCUAUCUGACUGGAUUCUCUUCAACACCCACCAAACUCCUGGCCUGUAUCUUGUCAACUACACAGAGAGAAUGUGGUUGAACCUAGUGAGAAAUAUUGAUACUAUUCCAUUAAGAGAGCGACCAAAGUUAGGCGACAAUCUAUAUCUGCUCUAUAUUGGAAAAUAUAUAAAUUGCGAUUUGAUAUUCACGAUCAUCAACAAAAACUCGCAAAUGUUGCUGGACUGGAUGAUGGACGUUAUUGCAGAAAUUGUGACACGCACCAUGUGCUUUCCCAUACAAUAUGCAAUUCUUAAGGACCUAAUUGAGGGGCGGUUUGGGGAUUAUCAAUUAGCACAAGCCGAUUAUAGCGACUUAUGCCCUUCAGACGGUGCACCUGAAAUCACUGAUGCCCAUCAAGCGUACUGUUUAGGAUGGAUGACUAGGAACUUGAUCAAACCCGACAUUGCAGUGAAUGGAACCCAGUGAGGCUGAAUGUAUGUUGCAGGUCAACUGUAUUGGGACUUGCGACUUUCGGCCA